CAUUCUGAUGCUGCUGCCUCUCUGAGAUCCUCAGAGCUCCGCCGCAGCAGAUCCCACCCUCUCUCUCUCAAUGGCGUCGCUCGCCUUCACCGCCGCGCCUCUCCCCUCUCUCAGAUCCCGAACCGCCGUCUCCAAAUCGCUACUACUCAAACCCAGCCCGAGACUUCAGGCCCAAACCCGACCCGGUCCACUCAGAACCGCCGCUCUCGGCUUCAACAAAACCCUAAGCCCUCUCAUUGCCUUCCCCAAACUCGCCGACUCCGCCGCUCGCGACUUCGCUCCUCUCAGGAGCCGCGGCCUGACCGUCAAGGCCGCCGCCGCCACGACCGGAGGCGGCUCCAUCACUCCGGCCAAGCAGCCAUGGCAGGGCGCGGCGAUGAAGCCGUUAAUCGCGUCCAUCGCAACCGGAGUUAUCCUCUGGUUCGUGCCGACUCCCGCCGGCGUCACCAAAAACGCGUGGCAGCUUCUGGCGAUUUUCCUCGCCACCAUCGUCGGAAUCAUCACUCAGCCUCUGCCUCUCGGCGCCGUCGCGCUCUUAGGUCUCGGAGCGUCGGUGCUCACCAAGACCUUAACCUUCGCCGCCGCCUUCUCCGCCUUCGGCGAUCCGAUUCCGUGGCUGAUCGCCCUCGCUUUUUUCUUCGCCCGAGGCUUCAUCAAAACUGGCCUCGGAAACCGAAUUGCGUACCAGUUCGUGUCCUUGUUCGGUAGCUCCUCCUUGGGGCUAGGUUACAGUUUGGUUUUCAGCGAGGCUUUGUUAGCGCCGGCGAUUCCUUCCGUCUCGGCACGUGCCGGCGGCAUUUUCUUGCCGCUGGUGAAGUCACUCUGCGUCGCCUGCGGCAGCAAUGUCGGCGACGGGACCGAAGGUAAAUUGGGAUCGUGGUUGAUGCUCACGUGCUUUCAGACUUCGGUGAUUUCGUCGGCCAUGUUCUUAACUGCCAUGGCCGCUAAUCCGUUGAGUGCCAAUUUGACAUUCAAUACCAUUAAGAAAACAAUUGGUUGGACCGAUUGGGCUACGGCGGCGAUUGUGCCCGGUAUAGUGUCACUGAUUGUGGUGCCUUUGUUGCUGUAUCUGAUUUACCCGCCUUCAGUUAAGAGCAGCCCUGACGCGCCCAAACUUGCAAAGGAGAGGCUGGAGAAGAUGGGCCCUAUGACCAAGAACGAGACUAUAAUGGCUGGGACUCUGUUUCUGACGGUAGGGCUGUGGAUAUUUGGAGGAAUGAUAGGUGUGGAUGCUGUUACAGCUGCCAUUCUCGGAUUAUCUGUUCUCCUUGUGACUGGUGUUGUUACCUGGAAGGAGUGCUUAGCUGAGUCAGUUGCUUGGGACACCCUUACGUGGUUUGCUGCACUCAUUGCAAUGGCUGGGUAUCUCAACAAAUACGGUCUUAUCUCCUGGUUUAGUGAAACUGUAGUGAAGUUUGUUGGCGGAUUGGGUCUUGGGUGGCAGCCAGCUUUUGGCAUUCUUGUUCUUCUCUAUUUCUACUCUCACUACUUCUUUGCCAGUGGAGCUGCUCACAUUGGUGCCAUGUUUACAGCAUUCUUGUCUGUGGCUAGUGCUCUUGGUACUCCACCAUACUUUGCUGCCAUGGUGCUUUCAUUCCUCUCCAACCUCAUGGGUGGCCUGACCCAUUAUGGGAUUGGGUCAGCUCCUGUCUUCUAUGGCGCUGGCUAUGUUCCGCUUGCCCAGUGGUGGGGCUAUGGAUUCCUUAUGUCCGUCGUCAAUAUUAUCAUUUGGCUUGGAGUUGGAGGGGUUUGGUGGAAGUUCAUUGGCUUGUGGUAAAGUGGAUGGUCAUCAAAAUCUGCCAAUCUACAAUUUGGUAUCGUGUUUGACGUUUGCCCAACUCAGAUGCAAGUUUCCUUUAAUUCUUUUACAUGGAAAUAAUCUUCAAGUUAAGGAGACCUGUGGGUGAAAAAUGAUAUAAAUAGGAGGUCGAUUUAGUGCAGAAAUUAGAAAAUGUACCCCAAAUUUUGACUUAGCAUGACAGUUUUCUGCAGUUGAUGAUGAUCCUUUGUUGUAUGCUUGAAUUUACCUCUAUCAUGUGCCACAUUUAUUUCUACU